AUGCACUGGUUCCUCGUUGCUGGGAUACUGCUCGCCGCCGCAGGGCCAACUCUUGCAAUGUCUUUAUCCAAAAGUGAAAUUGAAGAGCUUUUAAUCAAGGAAGCCACUCCUAUCAUGAUGGCAGAAUUUCUCAAUGUAGUUCGUGAUAAAAUAGGAAAAGAGGAGGAUGUCAAAUUUAACAAUUUGAAACUAACGGAGAGUUUGAAAGUGCCAGAGGUUCAAUGCGAGCGUAAUUAUGCUGAGGACACUGAAAAACUUAUCAAAGAAUUGAUUGAAAAGUAUCCAUCAGACGAACAAAAACAGGAAGAAGAGGCGGAGACUGUGGGAGAUGAUACCUUGCUUUCCUGUUUCCUCCCUUCAAGAACUGAAGUUAAUUGUAAAUGGAAAGAGUGUGAAGGCAGCAAGAACCCGAAGGCGUUAUGCGUCUGUGGACCGAAGAAAUGCAAAUUGGAUAGCGAUGGACUAUGUGAUAAGAAGGGAUCGAAGGAUGGAGAUGAUGAGAAAGAUGGAUCUUCGAGUCUCUUUGUAGUUGGGCCAACUCUUGCGAUGUCUUCUUUCGAAAAUGAUGUGAAAGAACUCCUUUACAAGGAAGCAAGUCCUGCUGUUAUGGCAGAAGUACUCAACGCAUUUCGUGAUAAAAUGACAGAAGAAUAUGGGUUCAAAUUUAACAAGUUGAAACCAACCGAGAGUUUGAAGGUGCCAGAGAUUCAAUGCGGACGUAAUUAUAUUGAGGACUUGGAAAAACUUAUUGAAGAAGCAAAAAAAAAGUAUCCAUCAGACGACCAAAAACAGUUGGAAGAGGCGGAGAAUACUGGAGAUGAUAACUUUUUUUCCUGUUUAUCCCCUUCAAGAAACGAAAUCAAUUGUAAAGCUAAAGAGUGUGAAGGUAGCAAAGACCUGACAAUGUUAUGCGUCUGUGGACCGAAGAAGGGAUCGGAGGAUGGAGAUAAGAAGAAAGAUGAUGAUGAAGAAGAUGGAUCUUCGAGUCUCUUUGUAUUUGAUGAUGGCGAUGGUCCUCGCGUCUUCAGAAAGAAGACUUCAUUUCCGACACAAGAAGAACUGAAUUUUUUCCACGCGAAUGUUUCAAUCGGGAAGGAGCCGACAAUGAAGAGGCAAAAUGCAGCCUACAGGGCGAUGGACCCAGUGCGAAUCAAAUUCAUAAAUCUGGAUAAGGUAGCUUUUGGAUCAGACCUCCACUACCACAUGUCGACGCUUUUCAAAAGAAAUGUUUGGUUUCAACUGGAACACUCUGGAUUCUUGGAAAAAAAAUGGGAUCAUCAGGAACCGUCUCACCCACAAUCUGACUGA